AACAGAACAACGCACCACGUUCAGAAGAGAACUAUUCAACGGUUCUAUAGUCGAUGACUGGUUCCUCGUGAACUGGGAUAAGAUAUACGGUAUUAAAUCAUAGACAACAGCUCAAAUACAACGAACCGUCUACUGACGACAUCAAAUAUUAAUUAAAACAAUUGAUUCGGAAAGCGUUUUGUUUUGGAAUAUUAGUAGCUCGGAACGCACAGUAGUAAAUUGCGCAGUUGAAGUUUUUGCGCGGAAGGAUAACGAAGUUAUUUGAGAAUUAUAUUUAUAUAUGACAUCAACACAACAGAUGAACAUGUUUAUGAAAAUAUCAGUUUUAUUUUGUGUUUUAUAUACAGUCGUCGCUGCACCAACCAAUCCGGUUCAAGAUGUCAAAACAGCACAGGAAUCAGAGAUUGGGAAUCAGUUGCUAAUUCAGCCGAAAGAAUUGACUGAACCCCAGACAUCGAAUGAUGAUGAGGAUGACGAUGGUGACCAGGGGGAGACACCGGAAAUCGAUAUUCAAUCUGUUUUGAAGCAAUUCUUCAGAAGAUUAAAGAACCAUCCCGAGAUUGUCCAGGAACUUAUAGAAAGAGAAGAGAAGAAACUGAUGGAGAGAGAAGAUUUGAAAGAUAUGAAACUUAUGGCUGAAACAGAGGAUAAUACCACACCUGUAAUUAAACAAGGUCACCAGACAGAGAAAGAGUUGGAUAAAAAUGAAGAGACAGAAUCCAGUUCUGAAACCGAAUAUGACCCAAGAUCAAGUGACGUCACUGGGACUGUUCCCGAAUCCAUGUUUUCUAAUAUCAACAACGUCAUUCCAGCAUUUCCCUACGACAGGAAUCCAGAAAAUGGUCAGCCAGGUAAAGAAGACAUUCAGAAAAUUGCCGAAGCCCAAGAAAAAUACAGUGAAGCCAACCCUUUCCUAAAUACUCUGCCGUUAUUCAACAGACUUCCUAACCCAAAUAAAGAAAACAGUAACCAUGACGACGUCCAAGAAUCACAUAACAACAUUGUUGAGGGUGUUGGAAGUGGGCCUGUCGGUUCUAAUGACAACCUUCCUAAUCCCAGUAACCAUGACGACCAGUCCGUCACCAAAACUAAAUACGAUAUCAAAGAAAUCAAACACGUUCCUAUCGAGGAAGAAUUGGUGUCGGAGGUUCCACCUUCCGAAUUGGCCGAGAAGAAGGAACUACGAGACGAGGCCCGUGAUGUUUUGCAACAGACUGCCGAACAGGCCUUAAAAACCGAAAAAUACCAAAAAUCCCUUCUGCAAGAAUCCCUGCUCCAAAAGGCGGGAUCUAAGAGAAACCCCGAUUCCAAGGAGCAUCCUUAUAAUUACAUUUAUUACUACUACGAUUAUGAUCAAGAUUUGAAACCCGAGGAGUUUGGAAGCCAUGAAUCUAAUGAUGACAUCGGUGAAUCGAGGGAGUUUGGAAGCCAUGAAUCUAAUGACGUCAGUGAAUCGAGGGAGUUUGGAAGCCAUGAAUCUAAUGACGUCAGUGAGUCUAGUGAGUUAAAUGAAUCAAAUGAAGACAGCGAAUCAUCGGAAGAAAAUGAAGAUCAUUCGAGUCCCGAAGAGGAAGACGUCCAGGAUGAAGAUCAUAUCUCAGAAGAAACAGACGACAAACAUGACAAACACAGCCACGAAAUGAACAGUCAGGAAGAAGAGCUCCAACAGUUGGUCAAACAGGUCAAGCAACCACGCCCACAAGCUAAGACCCAGCACAUGUAGAUGCUAUGUUUUCUAGAAAGACCAAUUGCCGAUAUCUGUUGCUUAUCAAAUUACGAAACAUUCGUCAUUCCACCUCCUCCAACUUCCUGGUUGGCGUAAAAAGCUCUCCGUUCUCCCAUCAGCUUCUGCCUUGAGCAUCGCGGGUCAACGAUGUGGGCCAAUGGAAUCUCCAAGCGUCCCAUGUGGCAUUCAUUCGCAGUCACUUGCUGUGCUAAUAUAUGAUCGUUCAUGUCCCGAUUUCAGCAAGUAUUCUCAGACUGAAGUUAAGAAUUUACUCAACUUUCAAUCACUGUUUAUGAGAAAUAUCUUUGAUCCACAAACACAAAACUUUGUACAUAGUUUCUUAUUGAUGUAUUUGAUACAUUAAAACAACAAAAGUUUUAUAAGGGCUAUAUUUUAGUUAAAAUAAGGCAAACAAUUUUGAGUAAAUUCUUAACUUAAGUCUGAGAAUGCUUUGUGAACACGGGGCCAGAUUCCCUUAUCCCGCCAUAUGGUAGCCUAUGUUUGCUGAUUCCCUUAUCCCGCCAUAUGGUAGCCUAUGUUUGCUGAUUCCCUUAUCCCGCCAUGUGGUAGCCUAUGUUAUCAAAUAUGGAAUAUAAGAAUUCCAUAUUUAUACAUUCAUCUGAGAUUUCUCAUAAUGAAGCAGCAGCUUCGCAAUGGUUAUUAAAUGUAUAGCUCUGCCUGUAAUGGCAGCUUACGGUUCUCGAGAGUAAAUGUCCAAUUUCGAAUGACCAGGAGAGCUUUUUACACCAACAACUUAUCAUCUCCUUAUCCCACUUUCACAUGACGUCAUCAAUUAAUAACGACUUGUACUUAUGUAGAUCUGACACAGGGGCGUGGCUAGGGUAUGUAUCGGUUCCCAUUCCACCCCCACUCCCAAACGUAAAGCACAAUACACAUCAAAUAGCCGGCAAAAAGCAGUGUCUUCGUGAAAAAAUAUAAAUGUGUCCUGCUUUCACGACAGAACUUUAUUUUUCAAUGCAGUAGAACGAAAGUGCCGCCUCUCUAUCCCAAGCACAAUUUAGAUUUGUAUGUUUUGGACCAGGAACGGAGACCCAAGCGCUACCCACUUUGUUGUUGUUCUCGCCCUUACUCUUGCGCCGUUUUGAUUCCUUACAUGUACGUGACAACCUCUUGGGUUUUCUCGGGGCUCUACCGCAGUUUCGCCCCACUGCUAAAAACCUCUAGGCGCAAGCGAAUUAUUGAAAUAGCAUUGAACCUUUAAAGCCUAAGGCUCCUCCGAUUUAAAUACGAUCAAUUCCAAAAUGGUGGCCACGACGUCAUGGUCGGUCCCUGGUCUAUUGUACGUUACUACUUGUUAAUCAUAUUGUAAACAGCUUGAUACCCAGACUGCAUUAGCCACCUUUAUUGCAUGCAGUCUUUCAUUUUCCCUAAAGCCGGCGCUGUUGUUAAGGAGAAUGAAAGUGGCAGUCGUAGCGGUUGGGCGUUAAACUUCUAGACAACUACUUUCAUUUUCCUAAAGCCGGCGCUGUUGUUAAUCAUAAUGAAAGUAGCAAUAGUAGCGGUUGGGCGUUAAACUGCUAGGCAACUACUUUCAUUUUCCUAAAGCUGGCGCUGUUGUUAAUCAGAAUGGAAGUAGCAAUAGUAGCGGUUGGGUGUUAACUACCGGUACUAGACAACUACUUUCAUUUUCCCUAAAGCCGGCGCUGUUGUUAAUUAUAAUGGAAGUAGCAAUAGUAGCGGUUGGGCGUUAAACUAUUAGACAACUAUAUGUACUUUCAUUUUCCCUAAAGCCGGCGCUAUUGUAAUGAGAAUGUAGCCGCACUGUUUACUUCUGAAUCCAUUUUAUUAUUUCACGUGUCUUUAUUGAUCCAAUCUGAAUAAAACACACAUCCUGUUUCGUUUCGGUUUUUUUUAUAGUUCAAAAUGUCGUUUUACUUGUCUUUACUACACUAGGAUCUGGAAGAGUUGUUAUAUUACUGGCGUUUUCGUUGAAGUUAGGAUUAGCCAAUGAAACAGUCUGUUGCGGCGACUUCUUGACGUGCCAUGCACCACUAGAAACGUCAACGCUGAUUGAUUAAUCAAUGUCUGACGUCAUAGGGUAAAAAGUCGCUAGUACGACGCGACCUCGCACUACAACUGGUCAGAUCGUCAUGUAGUGUAGGCCAUCGAAAGUAUAAAAACACGAAACGAAAUAUAGACCAGGGCCCGGCCUGCUUCUCAAAAUCUUAACUAAAGAUAUAAUCCCAAUUUUAUUAGAUACUUCAAUUUUGAUAGGCUAAGCACUAAAAUCAAUAUAAUAUUAUCCAAUCAAAUUAGUAAAAUUUUGAUUUUAUGUUAGUUAAAAUUUCGUAAAACAGGCCCCUGUAUUUUAAUCAGAUUGGUAAUGAUAUUAUAAAUGAUUUAAUAUUUGUAAAUAUAAUAAAUAAUUUAUUUCAAUAUUUAAAUAAUGGCAGUGGCUAUUGUUACGACCAGUCGUAAAAAUAGUCCUCAGGCUUUUGUUACGACGAUGCUUUCUGAGCCCUCCAUCGGCAAAGUUUAGGGUUAGGGUUAUCGGGAGGUGAGGGUUCUUUGCAGAUCCCCCCACAGAAAGCACGGGUCGUAGGUCUAACGUUUCCCAACCCUUGAGGGAAUCGAACCCAUUGACGGCAUCCAUUCGCCUCGCAGUUGCCGGUCCAGCGC